CAAACGAGACAUUUGAAUUUAGAAAGCUAAGCCAGGAAAAAAAAAUAUUAUUCUGCAGUGCUUCCUGGCUGCGCUUUCGUUUUGGAGACGCUGCCAUGAGGGGUGGGGAGGAGGGAGAGGGAGCGAUCUUGUGUUUAAGUUUCCAAACAUAGCCCUUGGUAUGUCUCUCCCUUUCAUUUCCAGCGGUAACUUGCAUUGCUUCAGCUGUUGUACACACAAGAAGGGAGGAAACGGGCAGAAUGUGGAGCAUGCCCAAUUUCAGAGCAACAAGAGGUCCAUAGACAGAGGAAGUGGGGGGAAGGGGAAGAAGCUGGUCAGUGCUCGAAAAGGGAACUGCAGAGGGGGGAGGGGGAGAAAGGGAGGGGGAAGAUGAGAGAGCAUGGCAGUGACGUGAGGGCUCCACCCAGGAGGCAUCCGAGCUGGGGAGAGAGAAGGAGGGAGGAAAAGAGGAGGGGGAAGAGGGGCAGAGCCGGGCUUGGAACGCAGAGUAGCACACAGUGACACUCAGGAUUCCAAAUUGAAAUUCCGAGGAGCGAUCGAGGAUGUGAGUGUGGAGCAGGCGGCGCCGCUCGCCAUGCUGCUGCCGCCGUGAGAAGUCGCCGCCGCGAGGAGUCGCCGCCGCUGCUUUCGGGCUGCUCCCUCAUCUCGUGCGCCUAGCGCUCGGGAAAGUCGCCAGGGCUCCCGGGACCGAACAGCUCCUUAUGGUCUCCUCUCUAACCAGCGGAUCAGCAGGUAGCUGAGUUCGAGCUCGUAAGGCAUCAGCUGCGAAGAGAAAGGGGACCCCCAUCUUCCACCGUGCACCUCCCUCCUCUCCGGGAGGAGGAGCAGCGGAAAGCAAGACAACGCAGGGAAACAGAAGAGGCUGGAAGGCGACCCCCACCCCCAUCGGAACAGUAAAAGCGAUCCCCCACCCCAGGGGCAACAGUGUCAGCACCAGAUAGAAGAAGCCCCGUCCAGCAGCCACAGUGAGUGAAAAGCUAGACAACCCCUGCCCAAAGGGGCAAUAGCACCAGGUCUGAGAGCCCCCCUCUUCAGUACUAGUAGGGGGUGGUAGACGGAGCGAUACCCCUGUCCCACCCCCACCCCUUCCGCAGCAGCAGGCAGCUCCAGCAGCCAGCUCCACCAUGUCCGCUGCGCAGGUGUCCUCGUCUCGGAGACAGUCAUGCUACCUGUGUGACCUGCCCCGCAUGCCUUGGGCCAUGAUCUGGGACUUCACUGAGCCCGUGUGCCGAGGCUGCGUGAACUACGAGGGUGCGGACCGCAUAGAAUUUGUGAUCGAGACGGCCCGGCAGCUGAAGAGGGCGCAUGGCUGCUUCCAGGACGGCCGUUCCCCAGGCCCCCCGCCUCCUGUCGGGGUCAAGGCUGUGCCGCUCUCAGCCAAAGAAGCGGCCGCGGCGGCCCAACAGCAGCUCAACCAUGUGGACGCCUCCUCCAAAGCAGCUUCUGCCGGGCUUCCCCAGUCCAGCCUGGAUCGCUACGGACUCAGUGCAGCUGCAGCCGAGCAGCGCAGCCGCUUUGAAUAUCCGCCGCCCCCGGGAAGCCUGGGCAGCAGCCACGCUGCCCGUCUGCCCAACGGGCUGGGCGGCCCCAAUGGUUUCCCUAAGCCGCCUGAGGACGGCCCCCCAGAGUUGAACCGCCAGAGCCCCAACUCAUCAUCCUCUUCCUCCUCCUCCUCCCGCCGCGGGGCACACGGGGGCCUCGUGCCCGGCCUCCCCCCGGGGGCUGGCGGGGCCCAAAUGAACGUGCCGCCUAAUCUGCUUCCACAGACUUUACUCAACGGCCCUACAGCUUCUGGCGUGGCGCUACCACCGCCGCACGCAGGGCUGAGCGGCCGCGGCGGGGGACCCCCAGCUUCCUCCGCCUCUUCCCAAGGGGGCACAUGCGGCGGUGGGGGUGGCAGCGGCUCGUCCUCCGAGGCCUGUGGCAAGCGACCAGGUUCGGUGUCCAGCAGCGAUCAGGAGCGGGAGUUAAAGGAGAAGCAGCGCAACGCCGAGGCGCUGGCCGAGUUGAGCGAGAGUCUACGGAACCGGGCCGAGGAGUGGGCCAGCAAGCCCAAGAUCGUGCGGGACACGCUACUUACUCUGGCCGGCUGCACCCCCUACGAGGUCCGCUUCAAGAAGGACCAUGCACUUCUCGGCCGCGUCUUCGCCUUUGAUGCAGUCUCUAAGCCCGGCAUGGACUAUGAGCUGAAGCUCUUCAUUGAGUACCCGAGCGGCUCAGGCACUGUCUUCUCCAGCGCCUCGGGGGUGGCCAAACAGAUGUACCAGGACUGCAUGAAGGACUUUGGCCGCGGCCUCUCCUCCGGCUUCAAGUACCUGGAGUACGAGAAGAAACACGGCUCCGGCGACUGGCGGCUCCUGGGUGAUCUGCUGCCUGAGUCUGUGCGUUUCUUCAAGGAGCUGGUGGGCGCGGACAUGCUGCCCCAGCCCUACCUGGACGCUAGCUGCCCUAUGCUCCCCACAGCCCUGGUGAGCCUGCCCCGGGGGGGAGCCGGAGUCGGCGGGGCGCAGGGGGCCGGGGCCGCUUCCAGGGGCCCCGGGGGAGGCGGCGGCGGCGGGGGGAUGCGCAAAAGGAAGGCGUCCCCGGAGCCCUCGGACUCGGCGGAGGGGGCCCUGAAGCUGAGUGACGAGCAGCAGCGGCAGCAGUGGAUGGCCAGCCAGAGCGAAGCACUUAAACUCACCAUGUCGGCUGGGGGCUUCGGGGCGGUGCACGGAGGGGGGCCCCCACCCCCACCUCCGCCGCCGCUGGGGCCUCACUCCAACCGGACCACCCCGCCCGAGUCGGCCCCUCAAAACGGACAGUCCCCCAUGGCUGCCCUCAUGUCGGUGGCUGACACACUGGGCAAUGCCCACUCGCCCAAGGAUGGCAGCUCGGUUCACUCCACCACUUCCACCCGCAGGAAUAGCAGCAGCCCAGUGUCCCCGGCCUCGGUGCCGGGCCAGCGUCGCUUGGCUUCCCGCAACGGGGACAUGAACCUGCAGGUGGCCCCUCCUCCCCCCAGUGCCCACCCUGGUAUGGACCAAGUGCACCCCCAAAACAUUCCAGAUUCCCCCAUGGCCAAUAGCGGGCCCCUGUGCUGCACCAUUUGUCACGAACGCUUGGAGGACACCCACUUUGUUCAGUGCCCAUCAGUGCCCAGCCACAAGUUCUGCUUCCCUUGUUCCAGAGAGAGCAUCAAGGCCCAAGGGGCAACUGGCGAGGUCUAUUGCCCAAGUGGAGAGAAAUGCCCCUUAGUAGGUUCCAAUGUGCCUUGGGCAUUUAUGCAGGGCGAGAUCGCUACCAUUUUAGCUGGGGACGUUAAAGUGAAAAAGGAGAGAGACCCUUAAAGAUAGGAAAUCAAACUCCUUCAGCUUCCUGAAGAUGUAGAAUUGUGAAUAUAACAAACUGCAAAAGUUAGUCUUAUGUAUAGACAUUAUUUUCGUCGUAUGUUUCUAUAUUUUGAAACAAAGGUAUGUACUCUUCUUCAUUUGAAGGAUAGAGCUGGUUUUUGUUAAACAGAAUAUACUAUUGUUUGGUUACUACAUAAUACCUGUUCUCAUUUCUUUGGCAGUGUGUUGGCUAGGUACAAAGUUAUAGCCCUUAGCGAUUACCUGCUGCUGGUGUGUAUUUUUGUAAAUGUAUGCACUUCUUGAAAAAAGAAAAAACACAAAAAAUACAAUUUUUUUUUUGUUUGCCAAGGCCAGUGUUGAUGCCUAUAAAAAAAAUUGCUACAAAAAUGGUGACAGCUUAUGUUUUAGGAGCCCUGAGUGUUAGUCUUUCACUUUAUUUUUUUGUUUUGUUUGUUUUUUGUUUGCAAACGGUGGGGGUGGUUUGGGGGGUGUUUUUUGUUGCAAGUUUGUAAGGGAAAUGUUUCAGUUUGUUUCUACUGAUCUGAACGUUUUUAAUCUUAUGUGUUUUUUGUUUUUGCUUUAUUGAUGCACGGAUGCUUUUGAACAGUAGAGCAAAAUGCUGUACAUGGAAAACAUGCUCUGUUUGUCCUUUAUACAUUUCAGUAGUUAACAGAACACUGUAAUGUGCCUUGGAGCUUAGUAAAUUGUAAUAAAUUCAAUUGAUAUUAAUA